CGGCCCAGUGCGAGGCAGAGGUCAGCGGCACGGCGAGCCAGCGAGAGGCGCCUGCGCGAUGUCCGGGCCCCUGAGCCCGCGGCGCUGAGCCAGCCGGGACGGACAUGCGCGGGAGGGCGCCGCGGGGCAGCCGCCGCUCCUCCGGGGGAAUGAAAGCUACUGGUUGAUUUUUAAAUGCCUGGGCCUCACCGGUUUGGAGAUGUCCCAGAAUAAGGCACAAUGUCAACAGCAGGAAUUGCUGCUCAGGAGAUCAGAGUCCCAUUAAAAACUGGAUUUCUGCAUAAUGGCCGAGCCAUGGGGAAUAUGAGGAAGACUUGCUGGAGCAGUCGCAGUGAGUUUACAAACAACUUUUUAAAUAUUGAUCCCAUAACCAUGGCCUAUGAUCUGAACCCUUCUGCUCAGGAGCGCCUAAUACCAUUUGGGCACGCUUCCAGAUCUGCUCCGAUGAAUGGCCACUGCUUUGCAGAAAACGGUCCAUCUCAAAAGACCAGCUUGCCCCCUCUUCUUAUUCCCCCAAGUGAAAACUUUGGACUACAUGAAGAGGAUCAAGUUGUAUGUGGUUUUAAGAAACUCACAGUGAAUGGGGUUUGUGUUUCCACUCCUCCACUGACACCCAUCAAAAACUCCUCUUCCCUUUUCCCCUGUGCCCCGCUUUGUGAACGGGGUCUUCCACCGUUGCCAAUCUCCGAAUCCCUCUCUCUGGAUGACACGGACUGCGAGGUGGAAUUCCUAACUAGCUCAGAUACAGACUUCCUUUUAGAAGACUCUACACUUUCUGAUUUCAAAUAUGAUGUUCCUGGCAGGCGAAGCUUCCGUGGGUGUGGACAAAUUAACUAUGCAUAUUUUGAUACCCCAGCUAUUUCUGCAGCAGACCUCAGCUACAUGUCUGACCAAAAUGGAGGUGUGCCAGAUCUGAAUCCUCCUCCACCUCAGACCCACCGAAUAUUAAGAAGGUCUCAUUCGGGACCAGCUGGCUCCUUUAACAAGCCAGCCAUAAGGAUAUCCAGCUGUUGCAUACACAGAGCUUCUCCUAACUCCGAUGAAGACAAACCUGAGGUUCCCCCCAGAGUUCCCAUACCUCCUAGGCCGGUAAAGCCAGACUAUAGAAGAUGGUCAGCAGAAGUUACUUCGAGCACCUAUAGUGAUGAAGACAGGCUUCCCAAAGUACCGCCAAGAGAACCUUUGUCACCAAGUAACUCGCGCACACCGAGUCCCAAAAGCCUCCCAUCUUACCUCAAUGGGGUCAUGCCCCCAACACAGAGCUUUGCCCCUGAUCCCAAGUAUGUCAGCAGCAAAGCCCUGCAGAGACAGAACAGCGAAGGAUCUGCCAAUAAGGUUCCUUGCAUUCUGCCCAUUAUUGAGAAUGGGAAGAAGGUUAGUUCAACACAUUAUUACCUACUACCUGAGCGGCCACCAUACCUGGACAAAUAUGAAAAAUUUUUUAGGGAAGCAGAAGAAACAAAUGCAGGUGCCCAAAUCCAGCCAUUACCUGCUGACUGCAGUAUAGCUUCAGCCACAGAGAAGCCAGACUCAAAAACAAAAAUGGAUCUGGGGGGCCACGUGAAGCGUAAACAUUUCUCCUAUGUGGUUUCUCCUUAGACCUUGGGGUCAUGGUUCAGCAGAGGUUACAUAGGAGCAAAUGGUUCUCAGUUUUCUAUUUUGAUUGAAGUUCACAGAAAAAUCCCUUAAAUUGCAAAAUAGUUGAACUCUGUCUUAAUGUGGAAGGUUUAGAGCAGUUGUGAGAUGCUAUUAUGCUGAGAAACCCUGAUUUUGUUAGCAUUGGAAAAAUUCUUUCAAGUCUAUAAUUUAAAGAUGUGAUGGUGGGGAGGGGAGGAUGGGAAAGCUUUUUAUAUAUGCAUACGUGACAUACCUAUAUAUAAACUCGCAGUAUAACCAUAGACCAUAGCUGCAGGUUAACCCAUCAGUUACUAUCUUAGAGUAAUAUACAUUCAGAAUAGUAAACUCAAGGGGGAGAAAGGAGUCCUGAUAGACUGAAUAUUGAGCAAAUGGAAGACAAUACAGUAUUGUUUAGAUCAGAAUCAUUAAAAAAAAUUUUGUUUAAUAAGUUUGAAGAUUUCUGGCUUUUAGGCCUGUUCUAUUUUGUUUCAUUUAUUUUUGCAGGCAGUCUUUUCCAUGGAGGGCAGGGUAUCCAUUCUUUACCGUGGGUGUACCUACCUAGGUGAAAAAUAACCCCAAGGCCUCGUACUUCCAGGUUUCAUGUUGCAUCUUGUUGAGGGAGGGAGAGCAGCUUACUUGGCAACCAUAUUGUCACCUGUACAUGUCAUACAUCUUGAAAAAUAAAACGAUA